AACAUAAAAAAUGUCAAAAUUGUAGCACCAACAUUCGUGUAUCAUAACAAACAAUUUGGUCCAGAAAUUCGUUUCUUCUGCGAUUGUUUACGGAAAUUUCCUGUUAUCUCCGCUUACAAUGGUGGUCCCGGCAACAACUUCCCGCGAUUCGGUGCUGGAGCUGAUGCAGCAUAAGGAAAACAUCGAACGGAACAUCAACGAGCAGGGUCAAAUCCUCCGGGCGAACAAAAUUGGUAUGGACGAUCCACUAGUAGACGGCUCGGGUUUCCCCCGGAAUGACAUUGAUGUAUACCAGGUUCGGCAAGCCAGACAUCGCAUCAUCUGCCUUCAGAACGACCUUAAGGCGCUGAUGAAGCAAAUCGAGUCUGGGCUUCAUAGGGUUCAUGCCGAAUCGGCCGACCAGCAGCGGGAAAAUCUAGCUUCCACCAAGCUGCAAGCCAUGGAUAUCGAGGAUGGUACUUCCUCCUCAGGCGCUAUUCCGUCGCCAAGGCUGGCCACGUUGCGACCCAUCGCUAAAGUUAACGUCGUCAGCGAAGGGUCACCCGCACAGGAAGCGGGCAUAGCUCUGCGUGACGAAAUUGUCGAAUUUGGAACGAUUAAUUCUAACAAUUUUAAGGAUCUGUCCCAGAUUGCGAUGGUGGUCAGAAGUUGUGAAAACAAAACCGUGCUGGUGAAAGUUCGACGCGAGGGCCGAUUGCUGGAGCUGGUUUUGACCCCGAAAUCCUGGACCGGUCGAGGGUUGUUGGGAUGCAAUAUUGUGCCAUUGGACUCGAUUGAACGUUGAGAAUUUUGGAGCGUUCUUUUUCUAGAUUAAGUAGCAGAUUUACAUUUGUGGUCUGGUAUAUUAGUUAUCGUUUUAUUCCCUCCAGAUUACCGAGGACUAAAUUUUUGUCUUUCAUUUCCUUUUUUUAUCUAGGUAUUUUGGAAUUCAAUAAAACGUGAGCAAUAUCUGCACAUAAUGACAA